AUGGCCAGCAAUGUCGUCGCCUUGGCAGGACCAUCCAGAGCCGCGUUAAUCGCUUCUAGCUCAUCAAGUCGGCUGAUGCAUCCUCUUUCUUCAUCCGAUUUCCCUUCAUCCUCAUCCCGACGUUUCUUCUCCGCUAGCACGCGAAGCCUGGAUCCUGCAGAUAGGAAAGACAAAUCACACUACCAGACUCUUGGAAUUUCUCCAAGCGCAUCGCGCAUGGAGGUCAAGGCUGCCUACUUUCGACUGAGCAAGCGUUACCAUCCAGAUGUACGAAAAGCUGCGGAGGGAGAUGAAAGUGCCGAAGCUAAAGCAACGGAGAGGUUUCAUGAGGUUAGCAGUGCAUAUAAAGUAUUGAGCGAUGAUAGACAAAGACGAGCAUAUGAUCGAACUUUAUCUUCAUCGCCGUCUAGCUCAAUACUCCGUCAUGGCUCGCACACCCCAGGUUCAUCAUAUUCUCACGCAUAUACGUACGAGAUGCAUGCACAUCGUCGACGCGGUGCAACUCACGCUUGGGAGGGUGGACCUCGUGGGUACACUGGACGAACACACCCGCAAUACACUCAUCCGCAAUACUCACAUGCACACGGGUCUCAUGCCACUGGUACAAGUUCGGGAAGGCCCUAUGACCCUACUUCACCCUUUCAAUCCUCUACCGCUUCAUCAUCUACCCAGUCAUCUUCUCCUAGCGGGACAUCUGCGUCGAGACGUGAUGAUCGCCUGACGGGCCGACAGGCUCGCGUAGAGGAGGAACGCGCAGAGCACGAUCGCAUAAUACGCGAGUCAAAUUUAAGUCGAUUCCUUCGAGCUGUUGGGAUUGUCCUCGUUGUUUCGUGGGUUGGUGGUUUAGGGAGAUCACUGGGUGGAUAGGCAUAGGUGGCCAUGAAAGUUGGGCAUUAUUGAGUUGAAAUUUGAUCUUCCAAAAGAUUGCAAAUAGACUGGCAUGACAGAAGUCCGUCGUGCUCUGAC